AUGCAAACUCUCCCAGUCGACGUUCCCCCGUACCAAAUUCAAAACUUGAUUACAGAUGACGCUGGUACAAUAUCAGGAGCACGAGCUCAAAUUCGAUGUGCUCAAGCGCUAGGUUCGGAAAUUUAUGUUGGGUUUUCUAACGGCGAGCUUAUGCGCUUCGCUUUACGGGCUGACGACCCAACGUCGCUCGAGUCGUACACCAUCUUGUCUCGCCAGAGUGUACCUGGCGAAAAGCCAAUUGAUGAAAUCGUUCUCAUCCCAAGUCUUUCGCGAGCAUUGGUCCUAGCUGACCACCAAAUUUACUUUUACACACUUCCAUCACUAGAUCCUUACCCCAUAAAACCACUCCGACAUGUCGUCACAUUCGCCGUCGACUCCAAUCACCUCAACCGUCCCUCUCCAUCACCAGGCUUAUCCAUAGAGCCUGUGGACUUUUCUGUAAUAAAGCGAAACGGGAUUGCGAUGUAUACCUUGAAGGACAAAUUGCUUUACACCAAGGAAAUUCCUCUUCCCCAAGGUGCAACCCUCGCUCGCCGCAUGGGUAAAGCGCUGUGUAUCGCCGAUAAUAAUUGCUACAGUGUAGUUGAUCUCGAAGGAGCCUCUAUGUUUCCCAUUCUACCCUUGUCACAGGCCCCGGAUCCAACUCCAUUUGUCGUCAAACCCUCGAUCACAGUAAUCGGUAACAGCGAAUUCUUGAUUCUCUCAUGGACAGGUGGGAGCACGCUGGGACUCUUCAUCACCGGCGACGGGGACCCAGUCCGUGGAACGCUUGAGUGGCCCAGCCAUCCGGAGGCUGUUUGUCUUGAUUAUCCACACAUCACCACCCUCCUUCCCAACGGUACGAUUGAGAUUCACAACAUAGAAACGCAGGCACUUGUCCAGGUUAUUGGAGCACCAGUAAUCUCUCCGGCACCUACCCCGAGAGUUUCCUCGCCGACGGUCGGACACCAUAAACGUGCGUCAUCUGCAAGCGUACAAUCGGUUACUGUCAACCCUGGACAACGUAUUGGGAUGGUGGCUAGUUUAGGGGGGUAUUUGGUGCCGUCCACGCAGAGAUCAGACCGAAUGCAGAAGGUCACUGUGAAACUGCGGAGACAAACAGCCAACGUGCACUCCUCUGCCUGA